CGGAAAAGCUCAAUCAUGGCUGCAACAUCUGGAGGAGUCAACUGGGGCUCGGUCCAAAAAAUACUGAUCACAGCCUCAAAUACCACUUUUAAAAGCUCAGAUGUUCCCCGUAUUGUGGAUGCCAUACAUGAAAGCAAAUUCGAAAUCUUGAAACAUGAUGAUAAAUAUGAGAACUUCUACUCCUGCUUUGUGGCACUGUCAGCUCACUACAUUGCUGACCACUCAUCGCUGUUGUCCAAAUCUGUGGUCGGCAGCGUGGUAUCAGCUUGUCAUGUCUUGAUGGACUUUUGUCUUCAGCGUAUGCUCAAGUUCAAGGAGGCAUGUUCUGUAUCACAGAGGAACCUGAUGUCCCUGAUUGAGGGUCUUUGUACUGGUGUAGGUCAACUUCAGAGGUCAAAUGUCGUGACCUUGACAGCCAUGCUGAAGACGGCAAAGAUGCCUGUAUCUACAAAACAGGUCGCAGAAGAGACAACACUGAUCAAAGUGAAGGAGACUCAGAGUAUAUCAAGAGCGGACUUUGUGAAGCAACUGAUGUCGGCUUUCAAGGACACCAGCACAGCAGCCUCGGGAUCCUCUGGCAUGGCGAAGACCAGUGCAAACAAUGAACCAGAGACUUUGAAAUCCAUUGAAAAAGACGGCAGUCGUUCCUACUUUGCAUCCAGGAACAUAGACAACCUCCAUUCCCUGCGAGGGGCAGACAUUCUCCUAGAUGUCUGCCUGAAUCUGCCUUUCCUUCAGCGAUACAUCAACAAUUACAAGGAAGCCACGACCGGCCAAGGGUUUGUCUUGCCCAACACAUUCAACGAUGCCAAUAGUAUCAAGGCAAACUUUCCAUCUUUACUCAACGACAUGACCAUCGUCAACCGCGUCCUUGACCUACCGACCCUCGAACCCAUGACCGCCGCCCACCUGGAGAAGGUUGCCACGGUGAUCAUGAGCUGCCUGUACGCAGCCAUCGCCGCUGCCGUGGCCAGCAGCAUCAUGAGUGCGGGGGGAAGCCACGCCCGGUCUGCGUCGGAAUCUAGAGUCGGGAGCAUUACGACAAUGAAAGAGGAAGAGCUUGAGAGCAUCUGCAACUCUGUCGUUCUGAAAGGACUAACUCUGUUUGAGAAACUUACCUGCAAUAUCAAAUCAUCAACGAGAGCCAGUGGACAUCAUCUUCAAAACCUGUACCUGAUGGGCGCAUGGUGUGCCUUGGGUGGGAUGGACCACAUCUUGACCCUGACGGCCGCAUCAUCGGCGGUCCCCGUACCUCCGGAGAAGGGUAAAGACAAGGAGGAGAAGCCAGCAGGCCCCACCCAUGCCACACCCUUCACCUCAUCCAAAGGCCCUGGAGAUGGUGGAGCAGGAAAGGUGCCUCCUGCUGCUGCAACUGCCACAAAGACUACCAAAGGUGAUGUCAAAGACAUUGGUGGACCAGCUGCUCCUCAGAGGCCAACCUCGGCAAGAUGGUCUCAAGGCUUCAGCAGCCUGACUGUAGCCCUUUCAACAUUCGUCUUGAAAGCUCUGACUCAACUCCUAGAAGACCUACACAUUGAAAGACUAUCACAGGAUAGCAGUAUGAUGAAGGUACCCCAUGCCAGGCUUGAGAUCUUGCCUGCGUUCACUGCCACACAGAGGGUUAAAACCAUCCUUGAAGCAUACCCUCUUACCAGUCUUCUACUCAACCUAUUCACGGGGUCAUACAAAAAGGCUUGUACUUUGAUCCGUUUGAAGAGCGAGAUGGAGGAUGCAGCCGACGACGAGAGCGACUCCCAUUCCCUCAAUGAGUGCUUCGGGGGAGAGACAGGGAGCUAUGAAGAAUCUUCUGAAGAUGAUGACAGUGAGCCGAUACUUGGUCCUUGGUUUGAGGAAUCGCUUACCUCUGAACCAGAAUCCAAGGAUUCCACCCCCACGGCCCCGCCCCCUCCUCCGCCUCCAUCGGAUGAUAAGAAAGACGUUGACAAGCAGGAUAGUAACAAAGCUCUGCUAACGGGGGAACCCAACGACAAAGAGGAGGCAACUGAGUACCUGAAGUUGUCGAGAGAUAUAUUGCAGUUUCUCUCCGGUCAUCUCUUUCAAAUCUCUGAGGACCUGUGCCAACAGUUUCCAAGCUUAGCAUUUCAAGAGCAGCACACUGCUAGUCUGGCUAAUGUCCUCAAGGAUUUGGACAAGGGCGUUAUCAAGAUGGACAACAGUCACCUGACUGAUGAAUUCUCCAGUGUACUGAUUCACUUCUGCCACACACUUCUUGCUUCUGAGCUGUUAUCUCCGAAACUACAGGAUGUGUUACUUGGCCAUCUUGGUGUCCAGCCGUCCAGUUCAAGCAGCUGGCCCCUGAGCCUGCCACCUCGCACCCUGGCCAUCCUGGCCCACAUCUUGGUGAAGCGUCAACAGACGUGGAUGGGACCCAGCGAGAAGGAGCAUGGCAUGACGGUUGGCCUCAGGGUCUGGCAGAAGUUCCUCUCGGUGCUGAGGGAGUGGGCCCUGAAAACGGACACCCAACCAGAAGGUGAAGAUGUGAAUGUGGAACACAUUCAGCUACUGCUGUUUGUAUUUGACAGCUUGGCUAGGAGUAGCAAGAUGAUCAUCCUUACACAGUGUGCAAACAUCAUUGUAGAGGCUUCACAAUCUGGGGACGUGAAGACCAAGAAACCGCUGGCUGUUUGUCGUCUUCUCCUCAUCUUUGAAUACUUCCUUCAUCACUACUCACAACCUCCUCCCAACCUUUAUGACCAGGUGCAAUGGAAUAUCUUCACGGUGCAAUCAUCGGACCCCGCCUUGAUGCUCUACCAAGAAGAGCGGGGUGGGAUCGCCAUCACCAAGUUCUACACCCCUUGCAGGGAGGUGGAGGAGAACUACCGCAAGGUCACCAUGGGGGAAAACCACUUCCCUGUCGCAGACGGAUCGACCUUCAAGCGAAGCUUCUACAACCUCGUCUCUGCCGAGAUGGAUAGGAACGGACCAGGCAUCGACAAAGGGGCAUGUGAGGUCCUAUAUGACCCUAACUUUGACUACAACGAGCUCUACUCGGCAGUUAUUGAACUCAUGGGGGCGGGAAGCGAGUUCCACCUCCAGGCUACCCAGAAUGCAUCAUCCUUUGAUCACAUGGACGGCUGCUCCAUCCACUACGCAGCCACCGUCUGUUGGAGAUUGUUGGGUCAAAUGGCACCCUCCGUGGCCUACAUCAAGCUGCUCGAAGGUCAGCACUGUGAUAGUGAGCGACCUUUGACCCAGCAUGAGGUCCUCCACUCAUUACGAUGGGUACCGCGUAUGCAAUCUGCCAAGUACACGACCUGGAUUAAGGAGCACCUUUGUGAACAAAGACUGCCAGACACUGAAGCUGAGAGUCUCCUAGAGAUCGUCAUCAAGCACUGCCAUACCGUCAAGUUUGAUGUACAGAUGGCACAAGAAUCCAUUGCAAGACAGCUCUCACAGAUGCCCUUGGAUGCACGGCCGACCGAUGUUCUCCCAGCCUCGACCCUUCCCAGCCUGCACCUGCUCUAUACCAUCGAUUCCGUCAUUGGCAAGCUACGCAUCUCGCUUCAGGAACGAUUUGUGAAAGCCAUGGAUGAAGAAGACCCCCGUAAAGGAAUGGAAGUGGCCCAAGAACUUCAGCCAAUCAUCAGUCAGCUUGUAGAAAUGUUUGGCCUGUAUUCAAGAUCUUGCCUGCUUGGCCAGCUGGACAAGAACUCUGAUAUGAAGUUGGAACAGCUAACACAGAGGGCCCUGUCUGGUUACGGAGCCGUGCUUCGCAUCGCAUCCAGCCGCGCCUCUCCGGCCUCAGCCCACGGCCUGACCAUGCUGGUGGCCCUGCCUAGCCCUGUGAGAACUGCUGUGGAGAAAUGGAAUGCGACCUCGAUGGGAGACUUUCCUACCGUCCCCUCCUUGGGUGAUAAUGCAAUGGAAGAUACCAACUUGUCAGAAAAAUACUUGAACUCACUAAGAGCAGCUCACCUUGGAUUGUAUUCUAAUCAGACGAAUUUCAACAUUGCGGCAGCUGUUCAGCAUGUCAUGGCAUCACUCGUCCGCUUCACUUCUGACCUCUCAGACUGGUGCCCCGAGUCUACGACCAACAAGGAUCGGAUGGUUGAAGUUCUGUUUCCAUUGCUUCUGGAUGCAAGCACAGAAUCAGUUGUAGAAUCGGCGACAUCGAUCGUCUCUCAGAUUGUGGGUCCACAGGAUGGGGAAGACUUCCUGACUAGACUCUUUUACCAGGUGUUUAAGACAUAUCAUGACAUCUUCACUCGGCAUGCACAUGACAGUGUACUGGAUGACUGCAUCUAUCAGGAGUGUAUCCAGGCCAUGGAAUCACACCUAGAAAAAGAGGCUGCCAAGCGCGCUCUGGAGAAACUCUACACCGAACAAGCAGAUCUUAUUGAUGUCCUCCUGUCGGCAGCCAAUGAGAACCUUUCAGUAGAAUAUGGUACCAAGGUGCUCAAGUUCUUCAAUAAACUCAUGCAACUAGCGGAGGAACAUCCAAGUGACACCUACAUCAACACCCUAUGCUCCAUGUUGGGUAGACAGGGUAGUUCCAACCCCAAGGCCCUUCAGAGUUGGCUGUCCCGUAUCAUCAGAGACAGUGAUCCCGGUGGGAAAGGCCAGGAGAACAGGGUCCUCUUACAGAGCUUGACCUCUUACAUCGUCAAGGAGAACAGUGCCGUUGGUGAAGGCGUUGCCUCUGCACUUCUCAAAGCACUCAUUCCGAUGUGUACCCAGCUCCUCUCCAACAUUGGCAGCGAGACGUUUGGUAUCGCUGAGCUUAUGCCUGUUAUGAUUACCCUGGCUGGGGCUGGCUCUGGCCUAGGUCACAUCGAGCUGUUCAGUGCUGCUGGGGAAUGGCUAGCCUCAUGCAAAGCUUACCUGUCUCAUAAAGAUGUUGCUGAGAAGAUCGGUGAAGAUGUGACCGAAGGAAAGCAUCAUACUGUAAUGGAAGCAGCCUGCUACCUACUCUCUUAUGUAGCCAAUGUAUUGGGAGCUCUCAAGCAGUCAGGAGACAAGUCUGCCCUCCCCUCCUUUGACAUGGAUGCUGCCCUGUUAGAUGUUGAUUCUGAUUGGGCAGAGGAUAUUGCUAUGGAGGAAGAUGACUCGGGAGGAGAAGAUUCAGAUGAAGACUCGCUGUGUAACAAGCUAUGUACAUUCACCAUCACACAGAAGGAAUUCAUGAAUCAACAUUGGUACCAUUGCCACACAUGUAAGAUGGUCGACGGUGUUGGCGUGUGUACCAUUUGUGCUAAGGUCUGCCACAAAGGUCAUGAAUUAUCCUAUGCCAAGUAUGGCUCUUUCUUCUGUGAUUGUGGAGCUAAGGAGGAUGGAUCAUGCCAGACGCUAGUGAAACGCACCCCGGGAAGCAACCUGGAGUCCAGCAUGUCCAACACUUCUGUCACCUCUCCUUUCUCUUCCUCCAACGCCCAACCCUCAUCCCACCAAGCCCCACCCUCCAGGGGCGGUAGCUCCAAGAGUUCGACCCUCCGACACCGUGGAGGAGGAGGAGGUAGCAGCACCGGAGCGCCCACCGCCGUGCCAUCGUCGAUGGUGGGGAGUGUCCUCUCGUCGCCCGGCAACCGUAUCCAGGGAAGUGGCGUCGGCGGUGGGGAGAGCGGUGGUGGCAAACCCAGCGAGGAGCUGCUCAAGUUUAGACAGAUGCUUGGACGUCAACUGGAGAAGAACAGAGACGCCAUUCUUAAACUUCUUGAGCAGAAUGGAAUGGCUACCCAUGUGAUAGAGCUUCUACAGUCUCUGACCGAACCCAUCGAGACUCACUGCAGCCGUACCUCGGCCGUCGGCUCCACCGCCAGGGCUCAGAAGGCUCUCCAGAACCUACACACCAGGGAUAAGAGCACAGAAAGCACAGACCAACUCAUGGUUCCAACUCUUGGCUCCCAGGAAGGGGCCUUUGAGAACGUCCGCGCCAACUUCUCCGGCGACCAGGGCCAGACCAUCCGCCAGCUUCUAGGUGCUCACAUGCUGCGCCGGGUGGCCAUGUGCUGCCUGGCCUCCCCCCACGGUCGCAGACAGCACCUCGCUGUGUGCCACGAGAAGGGACGCAUCACACUGCUGCAGCUCUCAGCUCUACUCAAACAGGCCGACUCCAGCAAGAGGAAACUGACUCUUACUAGAUUGUCAUCAGCACCUGUGCCAUUCACUGUACUGAGCAUCACAGGAAACCCAUGCAAUGAGGAUUACUUAGCUGUUUGUGGAUUGAAGGAUUGUCAUGUAUUGACCUUCACAAGUUCUGGAUCAGUAGCGGAUCACCUUGUCCUUCAUCCUCAGCUAGAAGCAGGUAACUUCAUCAUCAAGGCAGUCUGGUUACCAGGAUCUCAGACACAGCUAGCCAUCGUCACUGCCGAUUUUGUCAAGAUCUACAACUUGGCCAAGGAUGCUCUGAGCCCGACCUUCUACUUCCUGGUGCCCAGCGGUAAGAUCCGAGAUGCCUGCUUUGUCUUUGACUGUGAGGAGCACUCCAGAACCCUGGUCUUGAUGUCCUCUGCAGGCUACCUCUACACGCAACCGAUGGAGGAGGCCAGUGAGGCAAAGCAUGGGCCGUUCUAUGUCACUAACGUACUGGAAGUCAAGCAUGAUGAUCUGAAGGAUUCUGGUGGCCAGAUUGCAGGAGGAGGAGUUUCCUGUUACUACUCUCAUACUCUGCAACUUCUCUUCUUCAGCUUUGCACAAGGUAAAUCAUUCUGCGCCCCAAUCAAGAGCCAGCACCUAUCCAUCGACAAGCUCUUUCCCAUCACUAUCAAGAGCAAUGGAUCUGGUAAAUCGAACAACCCACCUCCCCUCUGCCAGUGGAGCGAGGUUCCCAUGCACCCAGGCCUGGUGUGCUGUCUGACCCAGACCAACAGCAUCCCUGUUGUCAUGAUGGUAGAACCUGAUCGUAUCAGGGUUCAAGAGAUCAAGACGCUGCCUGCAAAGGCCAAGGUCCAGGACAUGGUGGCCAUCCGUCACACCUCUUCCACCGACCAGCAUCGUACCACCCUCAUCCUGCUCUGUGAAGACGGCAGUCUGCGUAUCUACAUGGCCAACGUGGACAGCACAGGAUUCUGGAUGUCACCCCAGUUCCAGGCUUCAAGCUCCAUCAGCACCCUCAAACCAGUCCGCAAGAAGAAGGCCACCAAGUCUGGACGCCCAACUGGUCAAGUGAGCUUCCCAGUAGACUUCUUUGAGCAUUGUCAAGCAAUGAAUGAUGUAGAGUAUGGAGGUAAUGAUCUCCUUCAGAUCUACAAUGUACAACAAAUAAAGCACAGGCUCAACACAACAGGCACCUAUGUGGCUAGCACUAAGUUUGGUGGAUUCAACAUUGAAGUGAUGAACAAUAAUAACUCCAUGGUGAUGUUAGGGGUCAGAGUUCAUGUCGGAACCCAAGCCAUCGAGAAAGCGCCCUCUUACCUUGAAGUCUUUGGUAGAACCAAUCAGGUGACCCUGACUAGAAACAGAUGGUUUGAUAUGCCAUUUACCAGGGAUGAGUCUCUUACUGCUGACAAGAAAUUUACUCUCUUUGUUGGUCCAUCAUCAGAUCCAUCGGGCGUGACAAUGGUGGACUCCAUCAAGGUGUACGGCAAGACCAAGGAAGCGUUUGGCUGGCCAGACGAUCCUCCCGACGACUUCACCACCUCCACCUCCAACACCGCGACCUCCGGUGCCGCCAGCAGCACCAGUAGCACCAGCAGCAGUGCAGUCUCCGCAGCCGUCACCAACGGUACCGGCUCCACUGGAUCAGGGGGAGCGAGUACAACAUCUGUGACAGCUUCUCAGAUAUCCGUCGCACAUGCUGGGGAGAGUGAGGUCAUUGUUCCACCUCCCAUCCCACUCACUUCGUUGGAUCGUCUGGUGGCAUCAUCCCUGGAAGUCCUGGAUGGGUUUGUCUCCCUUGUACAGAUGGAUGAUAGGGAACCUACCAAACAGACCAUUCGGGAUCUUGCCACUCAACUCUUGAUCUUGCCGACACCGACAUCAGUUCAGCAGUUUACCAAGACACUGCUGGCCUCUGUGCAGCCUUCAAACAUAGCUUAUCACAAUCACAAGGACCAGGCCCAGCUAUCCCACGUGGUCCAAUGUCUCGGCUCUGCCUUCGCAUCUUCCGGCACCGCUCCAUCCCCUGGCAUGAUGGCUACCCUUGCCCCGACCUGUUCCACUGAUGCGAUCUCUGAUGGCAAACCUGCUGAGCUAGAUCCAGAGGCAUACCAGAGGUUGGUGGUGACGGCCCGCUCCGUGGCCGUCUCUCGGCCUCAGAAUCUGGUCAGGUUCGCUGCUGGGUCUGGGUCAACAACAGAGGGCAGGCUUCCGACUGUGAGACAUAUUGGAGAUUUGGAAGUCACUGAAAUCGAGAUUGAGGACAAGCUACACCCUUCAUCCUCGUCCUCAUCGACCUCCGUCUCCUCAUCAUCGUCCUCUACCCCAACGUCAUCGACGACCACCACCAGCACAGCAUCGUCUGACCUGAACAACGAUCAGCCACUGCCGUUUGUCUCCAAGAAGUUAGUGAUGACGGAUGCCGAGUCGAAGCACUUCUUGACCAAGUUAAUGGAUGCCUUCUGGAGGCUUCAUGACGGUAGACCAGCCAACCCUAUGCUUGCUCCUGCAUGCUUACCAGGACUGACCCACAUAGAGAUCACCAUUGGAGCCUUGGUAGAUGUCAUCCAUGCCUUUGCUUACAGCGACCCCACCAAUGUUACCUUGGCAACCAAGCUUUUGAUGAAGAUGCUCGUCUGUGAGGAUACCCAGGUUAGCUUUGCCGCCAAGCAAGCCCUGAUCAGAGUGAUGCGACCCCGACAGAAGCGUCGCCGGGUAAUCAUCCCCUCUCCACCCCAGUGCAGCUCGCCGCCUGUACCCGACGAAGGGGCCGAGCUGAACGUGGACGCGGAGGAGGACGAGGAGGAGGAAGAGGAGGAAGAAGACGAGGGUGACAUGGAGACAGGAGUGAUGCAGGGGGUCGAGGAGGAGGAUGAAGAGGAGGAUGAGGAGGAAGACGAUGAGGAGGAGAGAGAGAUCGCCAUGCAUCAGGAAGGUGACGAUGCGGAGGGUAUCCAGGAUGAAGCUUCCUAUGAAGUGGUGGAGCACUCAGAGCCCAUGGUCCUAGAACCUGGCGAUGCCGCCGGUAUUGGUGCUGGAUCCAACAACCAGCUCCCUCUGGAAGCCCUCCUGGGUGGGCGUGGCGGUUUCGCCCCCAUGCUGGAGAUACCACCUGAAGCCGAUGACGAAGCCAUGAUGGAGCUUGCCAUUGCUCUGAGUCUCCAGGAGCAGUCUAACCAAGGGGGAGCUGGAGGGCUGAACCUCCAGGGGCUUGGGCUGGGUGUAGGACGGGCACAAGGACAGAGUUCUUUGUCGCUGGAAGAAGGACCUCUCUCUGAUACCACAGCAUCAGCUGCGAGCGAUGAUGAAGGAAGCACUGCAGCAACUGAUGGAUCAACCUUGAGGACAUCCCCUGCAGAGCAGGGUGGGAGUGCUGGAUCUGAGAGUGGGGCGAGUGCAGUAGACUCUAUCACCGGAGAACACAGUGUGAGCGGACGAAGCAGCGCCUAUGGUGACAUGACCCAUGAACACGCCUCUACCCAGGGGGAGAGCGUGUCCAGCGGCAGCGGGAUGGUUGGUCAGUCCACUGGCCGGGAGGAGAGCAGUGAUAUGACCGAGAACCUGACGGACAUUGAUGGAGGUCACAGGAUGCAUACCCUGAGGCUCCUACUCCUAGAAAGACUCCUGGAGUUUCUACCAGAUCUCAGGAUCGUUGGAGGUGUCAGGGCAAUACCAUUCAUGCAGGUGAUUCUAAUGUUGAGCUCAGACCUUGACCCGGAGGAUGACAAGGACAAGGCGGCCCUCGAUCGUCUCCUCACCAUCGUCCUCUUCGAGCUCCAACUGGACCGGAAGACGUUUGGCGAUGUCUCCGCCCGUACCCCACACCAUGAGGUGCAGUUGAUCGUCAUGCGGCUACUGAGCGUCUUCAUGUCACGCACAAAGUCUGGUACCAAGCAGGCAAGCGAGUCAUCCACUCAGAUCUCUCAUGCUACAGCGGCUGCCUUACUGAGUUGUGGAGCGGUGGAUCAUUGUUUACUGAUUCUUAAAGCAUUACUGGACCACUGGAAAGAAACAGGCAUAGAUGAUGAGCCUGCUCCGCCAGGAGGGAACCUCCUCAAGCCUCACCCUCCCUCAGCUCCUCCUGACAUGUCGCCAUUCUUCCUACGUCAGUAUGUCAAGGGUCAUGCUGGUGAUGUGUUUGAAGCCUACCCACAGCUGUUGACUGAGAUGGUCCUUAGACUGCCAUAUCAGAUGAAGAAGAUAUGCGACUCAGCUCCUUCUGUCGGUAUCCCCAUCUUCGAUCAAGCCUGGUUCUACUACCUUUGUGAGUAUAUGAUGACCCAGCAAACACCAUUCGUGAGACGUCAGGUGAGAAAGCUCCUUCUCUUCAUCUGUGGAUCCAAAGAGAAGUACAGACAGCUGAGGGAUCUACAUGCACUGGAGUCACAUAUGAGAGAUAUCAAACAAAUCUGCUCUGAGAAUGGUCUUCAUCUAGAGACUGUAUCAACAACUCCUAUAUCACUACCAUAUGAUACACUCAUUACUCUGAUUGAGCAUCUGAAAGCAUGCCAAGAAGUGGCUACUUCCAGAACAACAAACUGGCAGAAGUUUGCCAUCAAGGAUGAGACUGUUAUCCCCAGCCUUCUCCAAGCGAGCUUCCAUCUCGACGAAGGAGUGUCGCCUCUCGUUCUUCAGCUUCUGACCUGUGCCCUUUGCGGGGUCAAAAGUCAACCAGCAUCCUCGAGCUCUUCUUCAUCGUCCUCGUCGAGCUCCAGGCAGAAGAGGGAACGUGGGAAAGAGAAAGAUAAGGACAAGGAGAAGAGCAAGGAUAAAGAUAAAGACAAAGAUAAAUCUGAAGAGAAAGAGAGCCCUCCAGUGCAUGAUGAAGUGCUAUGUCAGGCGUUGGUGAAUCAGCUCAACAAGUCUAUCGGUCGUGACAUCCUCCGUCGUUUCAUCAGAACUCAUCUUCUGGAGUCUAACAACACGGCACUGCGCUGGCAAGCUCAUGGAUUCCUGCUCUACAUCUUCAGGAGUUCUCCAGCAGCCAAGCAGGAGGAGCUCCUGGAGCUGAUGUGGGAGCUAUGGCCGGAGCUAUCCAACUAUGGACGCAAGGCAUCACAGUUCGUUGACCUCCUGGGCUACUUCUCACUCAAGGCACCCUACACUGUAGGCAAGUCUCUACAGUAUGUCCAGAAGGCUGCUACUCUGCUGAAGACACAGAAUCAAUGUCUCGCUAACCAUCCUAACUCCAACAUCUACAACAUGUUAGCAGGAUUGGUAGAAUUUGAUGGCUUCUAUCUGGAGAGCGAUCCGUGUCUGGUAUGCAACAAUCCAGAAGUUCCCUUCACUAAUAUGAAACUGACAGCUUUGAAGGUCGACUCACGUAACACGGCCAACUCCCAGAUCGUGAAGCUUGUCGGGACCCACACCAUCGCCAAGGUAACGCUCCGCAUCAGCGAUCUCAAACGCACCAAGAUGGUGAGGACAAUCAACAUCUACUACAACAACCGCACCGUCCAGUCUGUUGUUGAACUCAAGAACAAACCUACCAUCUGGCACAAGGCCAAGAAAUGUGUGCUUGCCGCUGGACAGACUGAACUCAAGCUUGAAUUCCCCCUCCCCAUCGUCGCUGCAAACAUUAUGAUCGAGUACGCUGACUUCUACGAUAACCUGACAGCAUCUGCCGAGACUCUGCAGUGUCCUCGCUGCAGUGCUUCGGUGCCGGCCAAUCCCGGUGUCUGCGGCAACUGUGGGGAGAAUGUUUUCCAGUGUCACAAGUGCAGAGCCAUCAACUAUGAUGAAAAAGACCCGUUCCUCUGCAACUCCUGCGGAUUCUGCAAGUAUGCCAAGUUUGACUACACCCUGACAGCGAGGGCUUGCUGCGCUGUUGAUCCCAUUGAGAACGAGGAAGAUAGAAAGAAGGCCACUACCAGCAUCAAUUCAUUGCUUGAGAGGGCAGACCGUGUCUACCGCCAGCUGGUGUCACACCGCCCUCAGCUUGAAGCUCUGCUAGUCAAAGUCCAUGAAGCGGGUGGGGAGAAAUCUUCGGAUCUUGCGACUGGAGCCUCCAGUGGUCCUUCGGGGAGCUCCGGGGUGGCCACCGUCAACCGUGUGAUCCAGCUCCUGGCUCAGCGCUACUGUGGAGACUGCAAGGGAACCUUUGAAGAGCUUAGCAAGAUCAUACAGAAAGUCCUUGCCUGCCGUAAGGAGCUUGUUGAGUAUGACUGCCGGCAGAGGGAAUCCUCCUUGAAAGCUGGAGGACCACACUCCGGAAUGACCCCCCUCAUGUCACCCCUACCCAGCCCUCACCCCACCCCAACAGCCAGUGCCAUGGCCAUGGAGGUCGCCAGCUGCCAGCAAGAAAGGAGUCUUGGGCGUUGCUAUGGAUGUGCAGCGGCUGCUACGGAACAUUGCGUGACCCUUCUCAGAGCCCUGGCGUCCCAUCCGGAAACCAAACAGAUACUAGUCAACCAGGGGCUAAUCCAGGAGUUGGUUGGAUACAACAUGCGACGCGGAUCUGCCAUCAUCCGAACAGAAGUGCGCCAGCUACUGUUCCUGCUAACCCGAGACAAUGCUCCAGCCACUCAGUUACUCAACGACAUUCUCAUGGCUAGGAUUGGUUCCGCCCUUCAAGGUCAUAGGUCAAACCCAGACUUGGCUGGUGCUGUGCGUAAUGAGAUGGCUCUGUUAAUCCAUACCAUUGAGAAGGAUGACUCGUGCUGGGAAAAGAGACUCAAAUGUGUGAUGAAAUUGUUCUUGAUGGCUGUCAAGACAUGCAACCCAGUCGUGAUGGAGAACAUCACGUUACCAUGCCUACGCAUCCUUCAUCAUCUGGUCAAGCCUCCUCAACCAACCAGCAAGAAGAACAAGGUACUUGAGAAGACUGUUGAGAAUCUAAGCACCGUGAAGCCAGCAGGAAGUGAUAUCUACAUCAACACAACCCGAUGGAUGGGAGGAGAGGGUCCUGUAGGGUACACUCAAUGGAAGACAAGAGUUCCCUCGAACAAAACAGCUGCAUCACCAGAAACCAGUGAGAAGAAGCUCCCAUCCCAGCAGGCGAGGUCACGAUACCUGAUGGAGAAGUACGGUAGACGUUGGAUGGCAAGCACCAAGAAGUCACCAGACACCCUCAACCUUGGUGGUAACACCUGGCUGUGUAGGGUUCUCUUCUCCUCGUCCUCAAGAGCCGCUCGACAGGUGGCUUCUAAUAUCGUAGAGAGCGUCUGUCAGGUGUCCAGCCGUCGCCAGCAGAUGCUAGACCUGCUGACCAGCUACUUGGACCAGGUCGGACCAAGUGGAGAGAGUGCCCAGGAGUUUCUGGCCCUGUACCAACGUCUCAUCAAGGCGGAUCACUGGAAGCUCUACCUGGCAGCCAAGGGACUCCUACCCCACCUGGCUGGGCUCAUUGCCAAGGAAAUUGAUGUCCUAUCGACCCUUGAGGAGACUACUUUGACCUCUGACCUCUCCCAAGGAUAUGCCCUCAAGAUGCUCACUGAUUUGCUGGCCUCUUUCCUGGAUGUAUCUACCAUCCGUCGUCAUUACAAGUCCAAGCUGCUGGGACCGGUCCUUCAUGGGUACCUGGCCCUUAGGAAGCUGGUGGUCCAACGCACCAAGCUGGUGGAUGAGACGCAACAGACACUCCUUGAACUACUGGAGGAGAUGACAUCAGGGACGGAGACCGAGACAAGAGCAUUCAUGGAGGUAUGUGUGGAUACAGUAAAGAGAUAUGGUCUAGAGGAUCUACGUACACCUGUCUUCAUAUUUGAAAGGCUGUGCAGUAUCAUAUAUCCGGAGGAGAACGAAGUUGGUGAAUUCUUUGUAACUUUGGAGAAGGACCCCCAACAAGAAGACUUCCUUCAGGGUCGGAUGCAGGGCAACCCUUACAGCUCCAAUGAACCAGACCUAGGACCCCUCAUGAGAGAUGUCAAGAACAAGAUAUGUAGAGAUUGUGAACUGAUCGCCCUGCUAGAAGAUGACACAGGGAUGGAGUUACUAGUGAAUAAUAAGAUCAUCAGUCUUGAUUUACCUGUGAAGGAUGUCUACAAGAAGAUAUGGUGCCCAGAUAAUGAGGGUGAACCAAUGCGUAUCACAUACAGGAUGAGAGGCCUCCUGGGGGAUGCUACUGAGGAGUUUAUUGAAUCUGUGGAUAACACCAAUGAUGAAGAUACCAAUGAUGAAGAUGUGUACAAGCUUGCAUCUGUGAUGAGUGAAUGUGAUGGUCUAGCAGUCAUGCUACACAGAUUGGCAUACCUGAAUGACCUUGUCAGAGGUCAACAGCUAUUGAUCGUCCUUCUCAAGCUCUUCAACUAUAGUUCAAAGGUCAAAGCCAAUCGUCAGCGACUCAUCGAACCAGGAAUGCAAACCCUUAACAUCAUGCUUGCUGUUCUCAAUAGGGUGUUGCUAGCAGAACACGAGGAGCCAGGAUCUGGAGGUGGAGCUUCGGUUGCCGAGCAACUGCUUUCCAUCAUGGAAGUGAUUCUAAUGGAGGCCAACAACGAGCCUCUGGAAGGAGGAAAACCUUCUGUGAUUCUCUCAUGUGAUAAAUCUCAGCUGGUAGCCCUACUGGAUCGUAUCAACAGCCCGUUCGUCCGUAGCCAUGCCAGCGUCCUUCAAGGCUUGAUGAGGAUUAUACCGUUCCUCUCGUUUGGUGAGAAAGACAAGAUGCGAACCCUCAUUCACCAUUUCAAACCAUACCUAGACUUUGAAAAAUUUGAUGGUGAUCAUUCCCAAGACGAUGAAAUCCAUGUAGAAAGCUUCUGUGUGAUUACAGCAGGCAUAGAGAAUAAUGCCAAUGGUGUUCAGCUCAAGGAUAUGAUGAUAGAGGAAGGGAUCGUCAAAGAUGCCAUCAAAUAUGUCAGUCGCAAGAUUCCUCUCGCAAGCAAUCUCGACUCUUUGCCUUGGAAGGAGUUCUUAUCCAAGCCCGCCUUACCCUAUGUUCUACGUAUCCUGACAGGAUUGUGUACUGGGCAUGCCAAGUCACAGCUGUUAGCUGGUAAUGAAAUCAUCCCAGCCGUUCAUAAGAUGGAACAGAUCUCAUCGGAAGAAGGCAUUGGGUCUCUCUCAGAGAACUUGAUGGAAGCUCUUAAAUCCAAUCCGACGGUCGCUAAGAAGAUUGACGACGUCCGGGCUCAGACUAAGGCUGAGAAGAAGAGGCUUGCCAUGGCCAUGAGGAUGAAACAACUUGGAGCUCUUGGCAUGUCGACCAAUGAGAAGGGCCAAGUGACGGCCAAGAAGACAGUGUUCAAACAGAUGGAAGAACUGAUGGAGGAAACUGGUUUGACAUGCUGUAUAUGUAGAGAGGGCUACAGAUACCAACCUGAGAAGGUUUUGGGAAUCUACACGUUCACCAAGUGUACGCCGUUAGAAGACUUUGAGAUCAAAUCCCGCAAGACUCAGGGAUACACUACUGUGUCUCAUUUCAAUAUUGUGCAUUAUGAUUGCCAUGUGGCAGCAGUGAGACAUGCUCGUGGGCGGGAGGAGUGGGAGAGUGCAGCCCUUCAGAAUGCCAAUACUAAGUGCAAUGGACUCCUACCGAUGUGGGGACCUUCAGUACCAGAAUCUGCUUUCGCUAGCUGUUUAGCGAGACACAACAGUUAUCUACAGGAGUGUACUGGUCACCGGGAACCGGCGCACCACGCCACCAUCCACGAUCUAAAGCUUCUUCUUCAACGGUUUGGUUUUGAGCGUUCGUUCAGCGAUGACAGUGGAGGAGGGGGAAGACAGAGUAAUGUUCAUCUUAUUCCUUAUCUCAUGCAUAUGGCCCUCUAUGUCAUCAACACAACUCGGUCUGUGCCGCGGGAAGAGAAGAACCUGAACGCACUUCUCAAGUCCCUCCCAUCCAAAUGGGUGGAGGCAAGCUACGAGGUUGAUGGUCCCUUCUACUACGCUGUUCUCCAUGUGCAUCUGCUACCAAAAGAGAAAUGGAAGGAGAAUCGUCUCACCAUCCUCCGGCAGCUCCUGGUCGCGGCCCAGACACGGCAUGUCAGUCCUUCUGGAGCUACUAUGUUGACGGACAAGCAGGUCAAGGAUUACAAGAUCUAUAAAGGAGCCCUGGUGUUCUUUGGUCUGAUAGAGAGACUAUACUCACUCCUCCUCAAAGAAAUGACCCAUACAACAGGGAACACCUGGCCUGUCAACCUAGCUAGCUAUAUCAGAAAUAACGAUGAGGUCUUACUGAAAGCGGGAGAUAAGUUGCUGCACAUGUAUGAAGAAGAUCUCUUACCAUGCGAGUCCUUUGCUGAGUUUUGUGAUGUCGAUGGUCUCCUCGCCGAUAUACCGAAUCCUGAUCAGUUCUUGGCCGACACACUCAAGUCCAUCCCGUAAUUGAUUCCAGUCUCCACCUGUGCAGUGAUGUUGAGUGUCGUUUUAUCAUCAUAACUUAUCAUUUUUAACUGUUCGUUUUUUGCGAUCUCGGUGAAAGUAGGGUACUCUUUUUGUUAAAGGGGAAGGUUUCCCUUGUCAUAAAGCCUUUUUUUUUACUAAAGCAGAAGUAUGAGAGAAACGUAUCUACGAAAGUUUGGUGAAAUUCCAUCAAACAGCAACCUUCAGCCUGCAACACAAAGCCAAUGAUUGUAGAUCAAAUCUUCUCGAUAGAUUGCAUUGACUACUAUGUACAAUCAAUCGUAAAAAUCAAUCAUUAUGCUUUGUUUUAUGGAGCCAUAGUUAUGGAUUUUAAAAGUAUUUUCUGACAUCACAUGAGAGGAACUUCUCCAUAAGUCAUGUGACAUAAAUUGCCAUUUUUUCUUAGAAAAUUUGAUAUUUUCCUCCUUUGCAUUCAGUAUGACAUGAGACACAUUAUUCACUCUCACUUGUACAAGAUUAUGAACUAAUAAAUUAUUUUUUUUAAUGACUAAUAUUUUAGAAAUAACUACACUUUUCAUGAGUGUACCGACUCACUUCAUGUAUCCCACUUCACAUUAACAUCAUGAUCAGGGCUCUGCUUCAUGAGUGUGGCCAUCAUCAUCAUCACUUACAAACUGCUAUAAGCUAGUGAAAUCAUGGUAUAUGAUUGGCUAAGAGAUCUUCAUUAAAUGUUUAUUAUUUUACUAAUAAGCUGUGUAAAGAGACCCCUUGUUUGUGCAGAUAUAAAGAGUACUCUUCUUUCACUUGGUAUCUCAUUUAUAUUUUUUUAUUUUUGCAAGCAAAGUAUGUACCUGUAUUUCAUGGCCUUCACUUUGAAUACUAAUUUAGCUUACUGAACAUUUACAAGUGCACUGUUUGAAGCCUAUUUUGUUCACUUAACAUGUACAUGUUUUGUGAGUGGCAUUUCUAAGUGAAAGGGUGUCAAAAUCCAGUCAUUUUUUGUCAAUAACUUCUUUACCUGAUGAUUAAAAGCUGUUUAAAAUGUUUGUUUGUUCAUCAAAUUUGUUUUUGUUCUAUUUAAAAUAAUUGUUCUUAGUAAUACCCUUAUAGCUUUCUGGAAGUUCAUACAUGUUUUAAAGUAUAUUUGUUCAUCUAUGUGUGUUAGGUAUAAUUACUUGGAAAGAGUCCAUGUAAAACAUUAAAACUACUUAGAGUUCUUGCAAAUUUAUAGAUUAUUUGGAGCAAAUGUUUGUUCAUUUAUAUGUAUUUGUUGUAAGCAUAUCGCAAUAUUUCUCUUCAUGUUUGGAGUUCAGUAGAUUCAUGUACCAUGGCAAUAUAUCUUUAGCUGAUUUUUUGAUAAGCAUUAUAGAAUUAAAAUUCACAAAUAUCUUUGUGAAACCAUACGCAUAAUACCAAUAUGUGUCAUGGCAGUAUAGUUGGUGUUCCGUGUUUUCCUGUUUUUAUAAGUGAAAUUGUUUUCCUAUGUUUUAUGAGUAAAGGUGACCGCACACCUCACGAUCGGUCUGCGACUCAAUUUUGGAAUAAAAGGUAGUAGAAUUUGAUGCUAAUAUUGAGACUUGGAAUAUCUUACUGUGUAAUGUUCAAAAUCAUCUUAAGAAUACCGAUGUUCAAAUCCGUGACAAUGCUAUCAUCCUUCUUAGAAUAAAAGCAAAUUUAAUUUCUAGUCGUAAUGACAUCAUAGCAGUCAUAAGAUUUAAAACUGAUAUGGCCUUUACUCCAAAAUAGAGGCUUGCAAUCUUUCAAAAUGGUUAUAUUAGUAUUCUUUCAAUUAAUUUUAACCUCAAAGAAAAUAUGUUCCAUUCACAUUUUCAGAAAAUGAGCAAAAUGCGAUUCGUUCCAAAAUCGGAUCGCAGUCGUAAGGUGUGUGGUUGCCUUAGCAUACUCCCUUACCAUGUCAGAAUCCAUCAAAAUAAAAAGGAAGAUCAAUAGAUUGCGAUGUGUGUAUUUUCUGAUCUUGAAACACUUACUAGAUUAUCGGUAGAACAAGUUUGUAUGGUGGACGUAUUGAAAUAGAUAUGGACUUGUUUGAUAAAUGUAGCUUAAAAUUGGCCAUGUGCACUUCAGUUCAGAUGAUGUACAUCUAAAUGUACCAGUAUAAAUUCAUUACUGUGUGGACAAUUACAUAUCAGUAUUUUGUUUGUUUGUUGUCAUAUCUUACCCAGGUUUUUACAAUUUUAAUAAUAAUGAAUUCCUCUCAAUGUGUUUUCUGUUUGAGGAUUUGAGGAUGCAGUUUGUAAUUAAAGACAUAUUGAAAAGAAUUUAUUUGAUAACAGUUUGGUGAAUUAGUUUAAAAUGUUUAUCCUGUGUCAUAGCUUUUCAUUUGAAUAUCAAAUUUUAGUCCAUUAUAAUCAUGUGGAAAUUAAACCAUCUCUAAUGGCAAAUGAAGUAGUUUGAUAUGUUGAUGAUAAUUUGGGUUUAUGUAAUCAGUGAUUUAUGUCUCAAAAAUAUAUAUGCGUGGUAUUGAAUACAUUAAUAUUAAUAAAAAUAUGUUUGUGCAUUAUAAUAUAUUUCAUCACCUUCAUAUAGUUGAGUUAAAAGAAAAUUAUUUCUAUCUGCGUAUUGUAAUAUGCACCUCCACAUUUACUUGAACAAUUAAUUUGCUUAAGUAACUUUUCAUUAGUUAUGAAUGUUCAUUUGUUUACUAAUAAAUCCCAUUAUUAACUGUGAUUUAAUAUGUCCUAUGUUAGAUGCAAUCGUUAUUUGUCUAUAUCCAGAGUAGCCAUGCAAUAUAGAAGUAUGUGAGAUGCAACCACACAGUAGCCAAUUAUUCAGAAUUUUUACAUAGAUAAGUGAUAUUUAAAUGAUAUAAAGGCCAUGAAAUGCAGGUAUUCUAUAGAUUCAUAAUUCAUUGUGCGUGAUCUUUGAUGAUGUGUACAGAAAAAGUGCAUGGCUUAAAAAUGCAGUAAAAUUUGUAUUGUUAUAGUUUACGGAGUAAUAUAUUGACAUUUUGGACUGACCAGAGUGGAUUAUUGUGAGAGUUGUAUCAGCCAGUUGCCCACAGUCAGAGAUCAACAUUAGGGGACUUGAUAAGUCCCUGUACAUAAACUUAGUGGAUUUGAUGAUAGUAAUGACAAUAUUCCUUUCUUGUAUAGCACUAGAUCAGAAGUUUCAGUCUCCGUAACAUUGGUUGAUCCGCUGAACUAUGUUGUCGACACUGUGUCUGCGGAUGGUAGUCAAAUGUCAGAAAUCGUUGAGUAAAUCCCAGAAAAGAUGGGUUAUUCUUGUCUCGUAUAGCACAUACCUGAAUCGCAUUAUCAUCUAGGUGCUGUAAAUAACUUUGGAUGUAUAAAUUUAUAGAAGGAUCUGUGAAUUAUCCAACCAGUCAGAAUCGGCGUUUACUGCUGAAUGCUGAUGGCGCUCUCCUAACCAUACCACUCUGGCAUAAAGUGGAUAUUGUCCAAGCAGAGUAAUUGUGAACUGAAUGUGAACUACAUUUGAUACCUAACCGCACAAAUCAUACGCAAUUAGCCAUAUUUGGAAAUUAAUAAGUAGGGUAAAUUCCACUGUACAGCUACCAUACAAUUGCACAGAAAAAAAAUUCCAUAGGAAUUUUAAAAUGGAUGACUUUUCAUACUUGUAGCUCUGAGCUAUUAAAGGAAUUGGGGGGUGUUUGAUGGGAGGCAAUAGAUAUUAUAAUAUGGUUGUUUUGAGUAAAACUGUUCGCACAUUGGUGAAUUACGUGUAGUUAUGGAUUGUUGUAGCACAUCUUGGCACAAUUUUAAUUUCAUUAGCCUAUAUUUGUGAGAUUUUGUAGUUAAAUACACCUAUCAUCAUAGUUGAAUAUACUUUGCUUGCAAAUAAACAAGUCUAAAUAUA